ACUUUCAUUUUAGGGGCUAUUUCUCGAGCCAUUUCGUAUCCAUCAGCAACCUCAGAAGCCCUAUCCGCGAUUCGCCAGACGAAACUCUCGGGGCCGUAGCUGUGAGAACUCUCCUCCCUCGAUUCGUAUUUGCAAUUUCCUCUCUCGCUACACCCAGCCAUGGCGUCCUGUGCGUCGUCCCUCGCGUCCGCCGCCGCAUUGCAAGGCAUCUCUUUGCCGCGCGCCGUUCCUCUCGCUGCAGAAGGUGGCGCCCCUCACUCCGCCCUUCGGCGCGCAGUGUCGCUCCCCGCGCGGAAAUCUCGAGCGGUUCGCGUGUGCGCGGAAGGCAGCGAGGGCUCCGCGGCGCAGAACCUUGCGCGCGCGAGCGCGAGGGCGGAACCCUCGCUCCGCGCGACGCUUCUCUCCCGCCGCAGGCUUCUCACCAUCGCGGGGCCCUUCGCGCUUGCGCUCGCCGGGUUUCCGAGGAUCGCGCGUGGGGAGGGGGAAGGUGCUGACGUGGCAGUCCUUGAUGCGCCUACUGAUGUCAUUGCCGAAGUAGCGGCCCCUGCUGACAUCAUUGCCGAAGUUACACCCGCUGCUGAGUCCGCGGGAGAGGAGGCACGGGAGGUCCUCGAGUCAACGCUGACGUCAGACGCAGUGGGUGCUGACGUGGAUGCUGGGACGCCGCAACAGCAGGAGCAGCAGGCGGAGCAGCAGGAGGGGCAGCAGGAGGCGUCGGGCGGCGGGUGGUUGGGCGCUGCGCUGCUCGGCGUGGCGCCAGCUGGCGCGCUGGGAUUCGUGCUGCGAGGGGAGAGGGCGCAGCGGAAAGCGGUAGAGGCGAAUCUGGUGAAGGUGCAGGCAGCGCUGGCAGCAGCAGAGCGGGCAGCGAAGAAGACGGAAGGGGAGAGGGCGGCGGCAGCGGCGGCGGCAGUGGCAGCAGCGGAGGGGAGAGUGAGGGAGGCGGAGAGGGCGAGGAGGGAGGUGGAGGGGAGGUUGAGCGAGGAGGAGGAGAAGGCGAAGAGGGGGGAGGAGAAAGCCCGGCAGCUAUCCUCCCAGCUAUCCCAGCGCCAGCAGCAGCUGGCAGCAGCGCAGGCAGCGGCAGAGGCAGCAGCAGCAGCAGUCAAAGCCGCCGAGAAAACUGCCACUGCUCUUGCUGCUGACUUCGAGGUUUCCAGGAAGGAGCAGGAGGCGCUGCAGCAGCAGCUGGUGUCUGGCCGGGUGAAGCUGCAGGCGAAGAUUGGCGAGGCGGUUACCGCACAGGGUGAGGUGGCACGGUUACAGGGAAGAGUGAGGGAGCUGGAGAAGCGUGGGAAGGAUGCGCUUGCUGAGCUGGAUGCCAAGUCAGCACAGCUGAAGGAGACUGCUGAUGUGGAGGGCCGGCUGCGUGCUGAGUUGGCCGAUGCUCGGGGUGCAUUGGGCAAGGUUGAAGCUACCGUGGCAGCCCUGCAGGCUGAGCUGGCAGAGGAGAAGCGCACAGUGGAGAGCAAGGAGGAGGAAAUCCAAUCUCUACAUGCUGACGUGGAAUCAACCAAUGCCAGCCUGGCAGCCGCCCACGAGUCGCUUGCGUCCCUCAGAAACGACCUUGCCUCUGCCCAGGAGGAAGCUUCCCAGAAGCAACAGGCAGUCACCCAACUGGAGCUCGAUGCCGAGGCCCUCAAAGGUGCCGUCCGGGCAGCUGAACGGGCAGCUGAAGAAACCCGUAGCGAGCUGGCAGCCGCCCAGAAAACCCUCACGGAUCUUCAGAAGCUAGCGGACGAGGCAGAGGCCGGAAAGCGGGCGGCGGAAGAUGCGUUGGAGCGCGAGCAGCGGGCGGCGAGUGCUGCCGUCCAGGAGCUUCAGAUGCACUCGGCAGCAUUGGGGCGGGAGAGGGAGGUGGUGGGGCGGCUCAAAGCCGGGGUGGAGGAGGCUGGGAGGGUGGUGGAUGCCCUUCAGGAGGAGACUGAGGGGCUGAGGAGGGAAGUGGGGGAGGCGAGGAGGAGGGAGAAGGAGGGGGAGACGGCACGGAAGGAGUUGGAGUCCCAGCUGGCAUCGCUAUCUGCUGAGCUGGCGGCCGUACGGGACGAGGCUGCCAGGCUGGCGACGGAGAAGGAGGCUGCUGACGCCAGCAGGGCGUCAGCAGAGGAGAAGGUGAAGGAGGUGCAGAAGGAACUGGACAACACGUGGGACGAGGUGUCGAGGCUCAAAGGACAGGUGACUCAAAUGACCCGCGAGCUAGAGGCGGGAGAGAAGAAGUUUGAGGCGAUGCUGGAGGUGAGGGCGGAGGCAGCCAUGCUGGUGGAAGCCCUGGAGGACCAGGCGUAUGCCGAGGCCAAGGAGAACCAGAAGCUCAAGAAGAGGAAUGCGGAGCUAGAGGAGUCCAGCAAGGCAGCAGCAGCAGUAGCAGAGGAGCUGGAGACGGUGCGAGCGCAGCUGAGUGCGGUGCAGCAGGGCCGCAUGGUUGGGUCCAAGAGCGAGCAGGAGGAUGUGCAGGCUUGAGGAGGUUAGCUAGAAGUAGACUCAUAGAUCUUGACUCUGAUCCUUUAUGUGGCUGUACGCGGAAGUGCAAGAAUGUAGGACAGGUGGGCGAUUCAUAUGCUUGCUCAAAUUUGCAUUGUACUAUACUCUUUUAGAUGCAUAUGCUGCCUAGGGUACAAUCAUAGUGUAAUGCAGGUCCC